AUGAACAGAAAUGAAAAAAGCUACGAGUAUUUUGGUAAACCGGGACCAGAAGAGGGAAAGCUGAGACAAAGAGAUAAGAAUCUCCAGAGCCUCAUUCUGGCAGCGCUAAGGCGAAGUCCCGAGUUCAUGGAUAAAGCGGGCGGGUGCGACUUGUUCUGCUUUAUUUACGUGCUUUUCGUGUGUACUUUGAGCUUUUUGUCAACGAUAACAACAAAAACAAACUUGUCACUUUGUUUUCUUUUACUUCACAUGAGGACGUCUUCUUGUAACCAAUCAUCUCCUCAGGAGUGAAAAGGCCGCCGUUGUAGUGGGAGUGGCGCUCAAUCAACUGAUUAUGCCGAUAUUUCAGCAGCAGACGGAGCAGGCUCCCCUGACCGGUUUCCUUUCUCAGUUUGCUCUAAGGCUUCCACAAAUGUGCGAUUUUGAGAAGCAUGCUGAGACCGUUUUCAAGAGGGACGAAAAUGGUCCAGGAUGCAUUCCAAAAUUGAUUUUGCUUUUGGUGUGAGCAUGAUCUAACUUGUUUGCCGACCAGAUUUGAUCGUAUCUUCUGGAGCACUUUUCUGAGUGCUCGCGCAGGGGCAGGAAUGGGGCAGAGAGCCGACGAACUCCGGCCCGCUAUUAAAAGCGCGAUUGGCGACCUACUAAAGUCGGAGCAGCCUUGAGGGCGCUCUUAUUUGUAGGAUUGAAAAUUAGGGCCAGAUUUGAGCUUAGGUCUGCUAGAUGAACCUCAUCACUGUAUUGGAAAAAAAAUUAUAUUGACAACUACAAGAUACAACCAAGAACACGAAAACAAAUUAUCAGAAUUUCAAUUUUCGAUAAGAAAAACUAACUCGAACAUACAACCCAUUUUUGAUGAUUAUGACAGACAAGACGAUGCAAAUCGAAAUUCUGUACUUCAACUCCAGUUUUUGUUUCUCAGGAAGUACUUCCCAUUCCCCAUGUGUGUUGAAGAUCAUGCCAGAGGAAGGACCACCGGCACCUGUGGCCGACAUAGUUAUUACAAUCACGACUACCUGUACCAGAAAAAUUGAAUAUCAGGUUCUCGCAAGUCCUCAGGUUCUAGAUUCUAGUCAUUACAAGACAGAAAAUGGCGAGACUUCAUUCUCAUGUGAAGACAGACUGUGACCUAAGUGUUAUCGUUGUCAGCCUCGCAAUGCACCUCCUUGAUAUUGUUACUGAGCACCUACCAGCAACAACUUUUUACUUCUACAAGAAGCAACAAAAACAAUUUGCACCACCUCCGAAGUUGGUGUCUCAUUGGACAUCGCCACAUGACACAUCAACACUCUUCUCGGUAAACUAUGAAGCUGUUUUCCUUGGUCUCAUGCCCUUCAUCGGCAUGGCUUGAGUGUGUCUGCAUGGUCUCGAAAUUUUGAGGUCUAGGUCUACAGCGACGUUUCGAGAAAGGCAGCGAAAGUGUUUUGUUCCCCUAGUCUCGUCAAGAGGAUGUCAUUAGAAGAAUGGAUGAGAACGAUCGUAUGACAAUCGUUGAAAGAAUCUGGAUAGGC